AUGGAAGGCGCAAAGAACUGGUACAACAAACAAUACGAGUCCUGGGUGCCGUGGAUCGAAGACAAAGUCCUCGGCUGGUUCGGCGAGAACAAGACCAGCUACGUCGCCAAAGACAACCUCAACAAGACCAAAAUCACCGGCGACGAGAACAUCGAUGCGAUCCAGGACGACGUCAACAAGGGCGUUGGGGGACAGUUCGGCAAGGGUGGCUUGCUUGAAGGGGUGGGAAAUCUGACGAGCAAAGAGGUGCUCAACCGGGGAGAAAGACAAGGAAAGAACGACAAGGGCGGAUAUGGACUGUGA